AUGUCAAAUUUAUGUGUUAUGUGUAAUGGUGAUGGAGAAUCGGUACUACACCUUCUAGUGUUGUGCCCUUUUGCAAAAACCGUAUGGCAGCAUGUGUGUUCAUGGGCUAGUAUUGUCCCCUUUCAAGCAGUUUCUCUUAUUGAUCAUAUGUUGCUUUUUUCUGCAUCUGUCGAGAGGAGAGUCCCGGCGAAUAAGAGGCUGUUGUUGUGGUUGGCAGCUAUUUGGGCGAUAUGGGGUAGGCGUAAUGCAGCAAUUUUCAAAAACGAGGAUGCAGUUGCUGUAGAGGUGUUUGAUCAGAUUCGGCUAUCUUCGUGGCAUUGGCAGAUUAUAGAUGGUGAGAAACGUUGGAAGCAAGAUGAGUCAACAAUCCGUGAAGUUCGAAAUUAG